UGAAAAAGGGAAUAAUAAUGUCCAGCAAACACCUUGUAAUCAGCUGUUUCAGAUCUAGAUUAAAAAACGUGAGUAGCGAAUGGUUAAUCUAACCUAACCUAUAAAAGUCUGAGUGUGUUUUUCUGUUAUUUAGUGUAAAAAUGUCAAUAAACUUUAAGUCUGAAGAAGAAGUGAAAGAUUAUGUUAAAAAUUUAGGAACUGAAUACAGAUUUGGAUGUUAUCAAGAAAAGAAGCCUGAAGUUUGUCAUCUACUUGGAGAUUAUUUUGAAUCAAUCGACAAAGAUCAUGAGAAAGCUUGGAAAGUUUACCAAAAUAAUUGUGACACAGCAAAUUUUGCAAAGAGCUGUUUUAAGUGUGGCAAUUAUUUAGCCAUUGGUCGUGGAGGACUUAUCCAGAAACAAGACCGUACUAAAGCUCUAGAAUACUUUGAGAAAAGCUGUACACAUGGUGAUAUGAAUGGAUGCUUUCGAGCUGGAAUCCUCUCAGCGAUUAUAAACAGCCAGGAUCCUAUCAGGACGUUUAAACAGGUCAGGCCUUCUCUGCAUAAAGGAUGUGAAGGCAAGCACCAUGAGUCCUGCUAUCACCUGAGUGGGGUCUUCAUGGAAGGCUAUGAGAGGGAGAAGAUAGCAAAAGAUAUGAAACGUUGCUUUGACUACACACUGAAAGCUUGUGAUCUCGACAACAUGUACGCUUGUGCUAACUUAAGCUUGAUGUAUCAGAAAGGUGAUGGAGUUGAGAAGAAUCCAGAGCUAGCAAAGAAAUAUAGGACAAAAGCUGAAGACCUUCAAGAAGCAGUGGUUAAACAACGUCAACUUAUGUUCCAAGAAGGACUGAACAGGACAUGAGAAUUUCUUAGAAUAAUUUAAUGUACAUAGAAAAAGUAUUUGUAUUUAUAAGUAAAGUUUGUUGUAGUAGUG